CGACAGUCUCGUGUGACAAACUUGAACAUUUAACGUUUCACUGCUACUGAUCGUAAUUGCUGAACGAUAAUCAAUAGUAAGAAUGUCGACGGACUUUUACAUACGGUAUUACGUCGGUCACAAAGGCAAAUUUGGGCAUGAAUUCCUGGAAUUCGAGUUCCGGCCGGACGGCAAGUUGCGCUACGCCAACAACUCCAACUACAAGAACGACACGAUGAUUCGUAAGGAGGCAUAUGUGCACCAAUGCGUAAUGGAAGAACUCAAGCGCAUUAUCCAAGAUUCGGAGAUCAUGCAGGAAGACGACUCGCUCUGGCCGCAGCCUGACCGCGUCGGACGCCAGGAACUGGAGAUCGUCAUCGGCGACGAGCAUAUAUCGUUCACCACCUCCAAGACUGGCUCCCUCCUGGACGUGAACCAGUCGCGAGACCCGGAGGGUUUGCGGUGUUUCUACUACCUCGUGCAGGAUCUCAAAUGCUUGGUGUUCUCCCUGAUAGGACUGCACUUCAAAAUUAAGCCCAUAUAAAUGACACUGAUGCUCUUAUUUAAAGACUUCUGUAUAAUCCCCUUGC